CGGAUCGCCCCGGAGCCGCCAUGGCCGAGACCGCUCCCGUCGCCGCGCCCGAUGUCGCCGCCGCCGCCCCGGCCCCGGCCAAAGCUCCCGCCGCCAAGAAGCCGAAGAAGGCGGCGAGCGGCUCCAAAGCCCGCAAGCCCGCGGGGCCCAGCGUCACCGAGCUUAUCACCAAGGCCGUGUCCGCCUCCAAGGAGCGCAAGGGGCUCUCCCUCGCCGCGCUCAAGAAGGCGCUGGCCGCCGGCGGCUACGAUGUUGAAAAAAGUAACAGCCGCAUCAAGCUGGGCAUCAAGAGCCUCGUCAGCAAGGGAGUCCUGGUGCAGACCAAGGGCACCGGUGCCUCCGGCUCCUUCCGUCUCAGCAAGAAGCCAGGAGACGUAAAGGAAAAGGCUCCUAAGAAAAAAGCUGCUGCGGCCAAGCCCAAGAAGCCGGCGGCUAAGAAGCCCGCCAGCGCUGCCAAGAAGCCCAAGAAGCCGGUGACGGCGAAGAAGAGCCCCAAGAAAGCCAAGAAGCCGGCGGCCGCCGCAGUCAAGAAAGCAGCGAAGAGCCCUAAGAAGGCGACAAAGGCUGCCAAGCCCAAAAAAGCGGCGGCAGCAGCGAAGAGCCCGGCUAAGGCGAAGGCGGUGAAGCCCAAAGCAGCCAAGCCCAAGGCGGCCAAGCCGAAAGCAGCCAAAGCAAAGAAGGCAGCUCCCAAGAAGAAGUAAAUGGUGCGGAAAAAACCCAUCUGCCUUGCAGAUAAACCCAACGGCUCUUUUAAGAGCCACCCAAGUUUUCAUAAAAUGAGCUGGAACUCACUUCA